CACGUGGUUCUGGGCCGCGUUGAGGCGCGCGCCGGUGCGACGUCAACGCAGACCACUAAGCUGUCCUGACCUGUGUACCGCCGCCCGGCCGCAGCUGAGUCCUCCGAGGGCCCGGGUCGGGCGGUUUGUUGAGUACCUUUGCGGCCGCCAUGGACAACUCCGGGAAGGAAGCGGAGGCGAUGGCGCUGCUGGCCGAGGCGGAGCGCAAAGUGAAGAACUCACAGUCCUUCUUCUCGGGCCUCUUUGGAGGCUCAUCCAAAAUAGAGGAAGCAUGUGAAAUCUACGCCAGAGCAGCAAACAUGUUCAAGAUGGCCAAAAACUGGAGUGCUGCCGGAAACGCCUUCUGCCAGGCAGCCCAGCUGCACCUGCAGCUCCAGAGCAAGCACGACGCGGCCACCUGCUUUGUGGACGCCGGCAAUGCGUUCAAGAAAGCCGACCCCCAAGAGGCCAUUAACUGCUUGAUGAGAGCAAUUGAGAUAUACACAGACAUGGGGCGGCUGAGGAUCCAGCUUCGGGGACCCGGAGGGGUGUGGUUGAGCUGGGACGGGGCACUCAGGACGCCUUUCGUCCUGAGGGCUCCUUCCCACAUCUCACCCAGGGCCGGUUCACCAUCGCGGCCAAGCACCACAUCUCCAUUGCUGAGAUCUACGAGACGGAGCUGGUGGACAUCGAGAAGCUCUGCCAACAAGUGUCUGCUGAAGGUGGCUGGUUACGCGGCGCAGCUGGAGCAGUAUCAGAAGGCCAUUGACAUCUACGAACAGGUGGGGACCAAUGCCAUGGACAGCCCACUGCUCAAGUACAGCGCCAAGGACUACUUCUUCAAGGCGGCUCUCUGCCACUUCUGCAUCGACAUGCUCAACGCCAAGCUCGCUGUCCAGAAGUAUGAGGAGCUAUUCCCUGCGUUCUCCGACUCCCGGGAGUGCAAGCUGAUGAAAAAAUUGUUAGACGCCCACGAGGAACAGAACGUGGACAGCUACACCGAGGCGGUGAAGGAGUACGACGCCAUCUCCCGGCUGGACCAGUGGCUCACCACCAUGCUGCUGCGCAUCAAGAAGACGAUCCAGGGCGACGAGGAGGACCUGCGCUAGGCCCGCCUGGCCCCCUGGCACCCAUCUCCCUGCCCCGUCCGCUCUCCCCCAGCCUGACCCUCCAGUGAGGAUCGCGAAGAGCCCAGAGAGGUGGGGCCCGAGACGUUGGCUGCGAGACCUUCCCUCCUCCCCGCCAAGGAGUCUCGCAAGCCACGGCGCAGGCUCCGCACUGUUUCGGGGGCCCCUGAGGCUAGGCCCGCUGGCCAGACGGUCAUACUCUGUUCCUGCCGCAUCCCUUGCCCCCUGCCCCUUUAUUUAAGCCCCCGGAGGUACCCUUCUCCCCCCCGACACUCAGAGUCAUUGAUGCAGACCUAUUUGCUGUGGGUGCUGCCAGGGGUCAGGGUCAGCAUCUGGCCCCCCAUCUCCCAACCAGCUGAGUCGUGAGGUUGGUGUCUGUCUCUCCACCUUUGUCCCCCAGCCGAGCUCUGAGCCCACGUAGCCACCGUGAUUUGCUGUCACUGCUGGGGUGGGCUCCUCCCCCAGCCAACACGGGAGCCUCGCAGCCUCCUGCAGCCCUCACCUCUCAGGGUAGUCCCAGGCCCUGGAGCUCCGAGGGUCAUCCCCAUGCCCACCCCUCCAUCUCCACCCUGCGCUUCGAGGUGUUGUUGGUGGGAAGCUGCAGCUGCCUGAGGAAGGAAAUAAAAGACAACACUUGUG